UUUCUAACACAAACACCACACGAACACCAUCGCGACAUCGCGAGCUCGAUUGUUGUUGAAUGUCUACGAAACUUCUUCCGUUCCUGGACCCAAACCUUCAAUAAUUGACUCAAAAUCGAGACAAACGAGGACAAAUUGAUCACAAUGCCUGUAGCAACAAGAAGGCAAACUGUACAAACGCCAAUUAAUUUUCGGUGUCGGAAAACUCGAAACAGCACUAAGUCAAUGAAGACAAGCUCCUCCCCAAUUGAUGGUAAAGCGUUGAAUGAUACACAUUGGAAAAACAAAGAUGCUGAAGGAGUUAAAGAACUUGUGCAUGGUUUGACAACCCCGGAAAAAUGUGUCUCCCAGUCCACUAAAAGGAAAGAGAGGCGACUGUGUAAGAGUGUGCCAGCAAAAUGUGUUGGGACUUCAAGUCUGAUGACAUCAGCUUCAUCACCAAGAAAGAGAAUCUUACUGAAAGAGAUGACAUCAAAUGAUCACCAUCCAGUGACCUCGCCCUGUAGUCCAAGAAAGAUGAAGAAGGAAAAUGUCCCCAUCAAAACAGAACUUACAGGCGAUGAUCCGUCACAGUUUCAGCCCAGCGCAAAGGCGAGGCUCACCCCUAAAAUCAAUCGUAUCAGAAUGUCUGCGUUGGAUUCAGCAGACAAUACUACAACAUCACCUCAGAAGACUAGAGUAUCAUUGGGUAUUUCCCCAACUAAAAGGUCACCAAUCAAGGCAGUUGCAUCUCUAAAACUUGAAAGAGCCCAAGGAGAUUGUUACAAGAAUACCAAGCAGGCACUGCACACUACUCUGCCUGACCGUCUUCUAUGCAGAGAUAAGGAGCUCAAUACCAUCACUUCAUUCUUGAAGACACAUCUUACAUUGGAGAAACCUGGAAGUCUUUACAUCUCAGGUGCACCUGGCACUGGCAAGACAGCCUGUUUAUCACAGGUCUUAAAGAAACAACAGAAACUAACAAGCAAAGCUAAAGUGGUCUUCGUUAAUUGUAUGUCUGUCAGACAAAGCCAGGGAAUCUAUACAAAGAUUUUAACCGAGGUGACUGGAAGAGACCAGGGAAAGCUGAGUGCCAAGGAAGCUGCAAGAAAGCUUCAGAAACUGUUAACAACGUCUGGACCCAUGGUAGUAUUAGUUUUGGAUGAGAUUGACCAUCUAGACAGUAAGGGACAGGAGGUGUUGUAUACAAUGUUUGAGUGGCCUUCCUUAGCCAUGUCAAGACUCAUUCUAAUAGGUAUUGCCAAUGCACUUGACUUGACUGACCGUAUUUUGCCAAGACUUCAAGCUAGACCUAAAUGUAGACCUGAGUUACUUCAUUUCUGCCCCUAUUCCAAGGAUCAGAUUGCAACUAUUCUGGUUGAUCGAGUGAAUCAUGGUUGUGAGAAUGGAAGUGUGGUUGAGCCAGUUGCAUUGCAGUUGUGUGCCAGGAAGGUAGCAGCUGUAGCAGGGGAUAUCAGAAAAGCUCUGGAUGUAUGUCGGCGUGCUGUUGAGAUUGUAGAGUGUGAUGUGAAAAGUCAACUAUUGUUCAGUAGUCGAUCACCAGUGAAAUCUCAUGGGGUAGAAACUAAUCUGCCGACGGUGAAGAAAGUUGGAAUAAAGCAGGUAUCCAGUGUGAUAUCUGAGGUUUAUGGAUCCCGCCUAGUAACCAGUGCCAGCCAAGCACCAACCUUUCCUCUUCAGCAGAAGUUAAUGAUAUGCACUGUACUUCUUAUGGUCCGAGGUGGACGGCUCAAGGAGAUAACACUAGGCAAGUGUCAUGAGAAGUACAGCAAACUAUGCAGGGAUCGACAGAUGCCAGCUGUAGAGCAGUCUGAGUUCCUUUCAUUAUGUCAACUGGUUGAGAGUAGAGGACUCAUUGGGCUCAAGACCUCCAAGGAGACAAGACAGUCAAAGAUUUGUCUAAAGUUGAACGAGAAGGAGGUUGAACAGGCUCUGCAAGAUAAAGUCUUACUGUCUUCAAUUCUUCAAAGCCACAUCUCCAAAAAUAAAUAACACUCUGUCUUUAGAAAUAGAUUUUUUCUCAACAUUUAACAAAAAUCCUGAGCGAAAAAUGUAAUUGAAGGUGUGAAACUGGAACUGUAUUAGACGGAUGAAAAUUUUAUUUGAAUUUAGACAUUGUUAUGCCUGCCUGGUGAAAAACAGACUGAUUUCUUUUCUGAAGAUCUAUAUAAUAUGUAAGGAAGCCAUGCUGGUUACUGUUUCAAAAAGCUUGAACCCUUUCAGACCUUCUUACGUCAUUGACUCUCAAUCCUGCAUUUAUACAUUGUAAAACUUGGAUGACUUUCCAAAUAAAAUUGCAUAAUAAUCUCACAUCAGUAAAUUUGAAUUUAUUAAACACUUUCAUGAAAAUGUUACAGUUGCCUUCAGCCUACCUAUAUUUUUGCAGUUAAAAACCGCUCUUCUUACAAUUUUUCUCACAAAAUGUCAAUGUGUGUACUAUUUUUAUGUAUUUUUAUUUUAAAUAAAACUUAAGAAUGUCAAUUAUAAUUUCUUCAAUUUUUAAUAUGUAAUUUUAAAUAAACAAUUCAUUGAAUGAACAAAUUGGUGUUUAAAUACUUAUUAUCUUUUGACGUUAAACAAACUAUUGGGAUUACAUGUAUGUGCAGAUCUUUCCAAGCAAUAAGAAAACAAUAGUUAGGUUUUGAUGAGGAUCAGAGUAUACUGAAAGAAACAUUGAGCAUGGGCGUGAAUCCGUCUUGAAAGAUCCGGGCCCACAUCAGGGCCUGGGAAAAUUUUGCAUUUUAGAUGCUCUGUGGUGCCAUCUAAGGCCAAUAAGUGUCAUGAAAAAUGAAACGGAACAUUAAGCCUUUAAAAUGUGAGCAGCAGUAAAACCUUUUGGGUUAACAGCAUCUUCAGUUGCAGAUCUAUGACACCAGUUUUAGGGGGCAAAUCUGUCAAAGAGUGAGCAUGCGAGUGUGAAGCCUUUACGGCAUGGGUCCGGGCCCGCUGAAGGGCCCUGGCAAAUUUUGCAUUUUAGAUGCUCUGUGGUGCAAUCUUAGGCCAAUAAGAGUCAUGAAAAAUGAAACGGAACAUAAAGCCUUUAAAAUGUGAGCAGCAGUUAGGACCUUGGUGGUUAAUAGCAUCUUCAGGUGCGGAUCUAUGACACAAGUUUUAGGGGGCAAAUCUGUCAAAGAGUGAGCAUGCGAGUGUGAAACCUUUACGGCAUGGGUCUGGGCCUGGGACAUUUUGCAUGCUAGAUGCUCUGUGGUGCAAUCUCAGGCCAUGUAGAGGUUUAAUGACGGACGAAAACAAUACAGUAAGCCUUAAAAUUUUGAGCAGUAGAAUUUGGGCCCUUUGGAUUUAGGAAAUACUUGAACUUUCAUAAAAACAAAUGAACAAAAAAAGGGUAUGUAUAGUUGAUUGUUUGCAAUAAUUGCACGCAAGGUUUCUGGAAAAAGAAAACAAUCUCAGAAACACCUCAAUGAAAAUGGUGUCAAAUGGAGUUUAAAAACAGCCUUAGGUGCGAAGUUACCUGGGUGAAACAUGACCCAUUUGGCUCGACUAGCCAAAGAGGCCGCAGAACAACAAUGACGGACAGAGACGGCGCGUCACCGUAAAGUAAACAUACAGUAACUACAAGAGAACUUAAAAGUAUGGACAUGACACCCACAUAGGUGCCCUUAUACGACACACGAGUUAACCAAAACUGGGGGUACAUUGUACCCCCCUCCCUCCCCCUUGGAUUGAUUGCAACAACAGGACACGGGGUUUGGUCUUACACAGUGCAAAACUUGAGCCUCAUGAACAUGGAGGGAUAUUUGAUGUCCCCCCCUCAAAAAGUCAGGGCUGUGUCCGUCACCCCCUUUACUAUAGAUUGAUGCUCAUAACGGGACAGAGGGUAUGGUCUUACACAGUGCAAUACUUGAGGUUCAUGAUAAAGGUGGUCAAAGAUACAGGGGACAUUUGAUGUGGUU